AUUAGGGCCUGGAUCAGGCUGGUUGGCUGCCACAGUGCACAUCAUAGCCACCGGUCAUUCCAGUUGUACUGGUCGUUCCACCGUUCUGGUCGCUGGACUUCUAUAUAUAUAGAUUGGUGUGGGGACAAAAAAGGGGGGAUGACAAUUAAGAAGCUAUUGUCCUUGUAAAAAAUGAUGGGAACAUGAAUUAGGCAGGGAUAACAGGGUGCCGAUAAAAAGCAAUGAAUGGAUUUUAUAAAUACUUGGAAGAAUCCAAGUAUUUUGAGGUUAGCCUAGGGAGGGGAUAGAGAGAAAGAUGGUGCCUAUAUUUUCUCACUUAGGAAAUUUGUACUAUUAGUGAAAUAGGAAGCACAAGGGGAAGAGCAGGGUAAAGUGGUAUGCAGAGCAAAGAGGAAGAUAGAUGAUGAAUUUAGUUUUGUAUCUUGUCUGUGGGACAUCCUAGUGGACAUGUCCAGUAGAUUCUUGGACAUAAUAGUUCUAAGCUCGGGAUGAAAAUUUGGGCUGAAGAUAAACCUAUAGGAGGCUUAUGUGUAGAAAUGACAGCUGAAACUAUAGGAAUAAAAAGACAAAACAGAGGAAAUGUGUGAAGUGAGAAAGUAAAAGCCAAGGACUAAGUCAGGGGAAUACCUAUGUUUGAGGAUGCAGUAGAAAGAGAAGCUAAUAAACAAAAGAGUAACCAAAGAGGAAGAAGAAAAACCAAGAGAAUGCCACAGAAUCCCAGGAGAGAUUUUCAAGAUGGAGAAAACCUGGAAUCAGACUACUUUAGCAGAUUUGAACCUAGAUUGUCAGUCAUACGAAAUCUGAACGACCAAGUUCUCUUCGUUUCCCAGAGAAGCCAAGCUGUGUUUGAAGAUAUGACUGAUUCUGAGUGUGAAGAAAAUGCAUCCCUGACUAAAAUUAUAAUAUAUACAUAUAAAGAUAGCUACCCUAGAGGUAUGGCGGUAAGCCUCUCUGUGAAGUGUCCAGAUAUGCUUACUCUCUCCUGUAUGAACAAAGAUAUUUCCUUUAAGAAAAUGAGUCCUCCUGCUGAUAUCAAUGAUGAAAAAAGUGACAUCAUAUUCUUUAUGAGAAGUGUUCCAGGAUCUUACAAUAAGAUGCGAUUUGAGUCUUCAUUGUAUGAAGGAUAUUUUCUAGCUUGUAAAAAGGAGGGGGAUCUUUUUAAACUCAUUUUGAAAGAAAAGGACAUAGAUUGGGAUGACUCUGUAAUGUUCACUGUUGACGACAAAGAGCUAAAUAUUAAAAUUUCAUAGUUUGAACUUUCUGAGUUUUUGUCUUCCAGAAAAGUUAAGUUUGAGUCUAUAAUUGUAAUGAUGAAAUAAAAUGAAUAAUGAUCUCAAAAGAUACCACUAAGAAAUGAAUAGUAAGCUUUCACAAAAUUGAAUUGAUGCCCUUUUAUGCAGAUGAAUAAAUCAUUUGUAUAAUGUAAAAAGAUGCAUAGUUUGAAAACAUAGUCUACAUUGUUGACAUUGGAAUAUAGAUUAUACUCAAUAAAAGUGUUUUGAAUCUUU